UAUGUUUUCAAAUAACAGUCCUUUCUGGUUUGAAUUUGGAAAAAGAGGUUUCUAGUAUUCUAGUUGAAAACUAGAGUUGAUCUGGUAAACAUUUGUUUGGCUGUUUCUGAACGUUGAAAAUGAGUUUCGGACAAGAAUUUCCGAAUUUUACCGCAAAUACCACAGUAGGAGAAAUCAAAUUUCAUGAUUGGCUUGGAGAUUCAUGGGGUUUGUUCUUUUCUCAUCCAGCGGAUUUCACACCAGUCUGUACCACUGAAUUAGCUAGAGUUGUCAAGCUAUAUCCUGAAUUUGUUAAAAGGAAUGUAAAACCUAUAGCACUUUCAUGUGAUACUGUAGAAUCACAUAAUAAAUGGAUUGAGGAUAUCAAAGUGAUUGCAGAGUGUUCAGCUGAAGGGUUUCCGUAUCCAAUUAUAAGUGAUGCUCGAAGAGAUUUAGCAUGUCAAUUGAACAUGUUAGAUCCUGAUGAAAAAGACAAAGAUGGAAUUCCUCUAACAGCAAGGGCUGUUUUCUUUAUUAACGAUAAAAAGAAAAUGAGGUUUAAGAUAUUAUAUCCAGCCAAUGUUGGAAGGAAUAUGGAUGAAAUACUUAGGACACUAGAUGCUGUAAUGAUGCUUGACAAAUAUAACGUUGCAAUUCCAGUUGAAUGGAAGGUUGGCCAAUCAAUAGUAAGUGUUGAAGAAGAAAAGAAAUUGUCUCCACUGAUUAAUUUAGGGCAUAAAUUUCCAAAUUUUACCGCAAAUACAACAGUAGGAGAAAUCAAAUUUCAUGAUUGGCUGGGAGAUUCAUGGGGUUUGUUCUUUUCUCAUCCAGCGGAUUUUAUGCAAGUCUGUACCACUGAAUUAGCUAAAGUUGUCAAGCUAAAUCCUGAAUUUGUUAAAAGGAAUGUAAAACCUAUAGCACUUUCAUGUGAUACUGUUGACUCACAUAAUAAAUUUAUUGAGAAUAUCAAAGUGAUGGCAGAGCAUUCAGCCGAAGUGUUUCCAUAUCCAAUCAUAAGUGAUGAAGGAAGAGAUUUAGCCUGUCAAUUGAGUAUAUUGGAUCCUUUAGCAAAGGACAAAAAUGGAAAUCCUCUAACUGCAGGAGCCGUCUACAUUAUUGACGAUAAAAAGAAAAUGAGGCUUUCGAUGUUAUAUCCAGCCAAUGUUGAAAGGAAUAUUGAUGAAAUACUUAGGGUACUGGAUGCUUUAAUGUUGACUGACAAAUAUAAAGUUGCAACUCCAGUUGACUGGAAGGUUGGCCAAGCUGUUAUGAUUCAACCAACAUUAAGUAAUGAAGAAGCAAAGAAAUUGUUCCCAGACAUGACAGUGGUUGCACUACCUUCUGGAAAUGAAUAUUACAGACAAAGCCAUAUUUAAAUUUUAAGAUUUUAAUUUUAUUUCAGAUGAAAAAUUUUUCUUUUUCUGAACUGAAUCUGUAUAAAUUUAUAGAAUAUUGUAUAUGAAAAUAAUCUGUAGUAUUUUGGUUUUAAAAAAUUUACCAUUUAUGUGAUAUGACUGAAAUAAAAUCAUUCUCAUUUUA